AUGUGGCCUUUCUCAGGAUGCGGUAAAGACGCCUGCGCGGCACCACCGCGACCCAUCACCUUCACGACCAUUCUCGCCCUGGUGCCCUUCGUUGCCGUCUUCGCGGCGGCGAGCACCCUCGCCGCUCGACACAUCUACCCGCGCCUCAGCACCACCCACAACGACCGCGAUGGCGAGGACCACGUGCUGCCCUCGCACGCGCCGGCGGCUUUGCGACAGGUGCACGCCGAGCACGGCGCCAAGAGCAUGCAGCGGAGGGCUGCGAUCAUGACGUUUGGCGCCACGGUUGGCUUCGCUGCGACGCUGGCGGCGCUGAUUCUCGCUGAGAUCCUGGAGAUUGUGGACGCGCGGGCCGGGGAGUUGACUCAUGAGGUCACGGUGCCGACCUUGCUGUUCCUGCUGGUCAUUAUGGUGCCCUGGCUCGAAUGCCGGUCGUUGGUGAGCGCGACUGGCCAGAGCUUCCAGCGGUCCGCCAAGGGGAAGCUACCCCGCGGAGCUUGGGGAUUGCAGCUCAUGCUCUUUGGCGGGUGGCUCUUCGUCUUCUGGAGCCUGGGGAGUGUCGUGCCCAACGCCCCGUCAGGUGGCAAGGCCAAGGCUAGAGGCGCGGAACUGGAUACCUACCGCGAACGAAUAACGCGCGCGUGCCUCGAGAGGAUCGGAGUCGUCGGAAUCAGCCUCAUGGCGUUGCUGGCAGGAUUCGCUUCUGUCUCGUCGCCGUGGCACACGUUUAGCGAUGCGGCAGCCCGGAGGAAGAGACCGAUAACCGACGGCGACGUCAACCGCAAGCAGGCCGGGCUUGAAGCCGCCAACGAGAUGCUCCUCACCAAGCGACACAUGCUGCAGAUGCUCGAGCAAAAGGCCUCGGAGCCAUCGCAGGGUGGGGCCAAGUCUGGGUUCGUGGGCAAAAUGAUGGGCUCUAUUCGUGGAGGUUCUGGCGAUGCGGCCGAAAUGCGCAACUUGCGAAUAGAAAUCGCGGCUCUGGAAACCAUGGAGAACAACCUGGCGUCGAAUCUGUCCAUCCUAAAGGACCAGCGCAACGCCGCCGUGAGAGCCUCGACGCGGAUGGGCCAGCUCUUCUUGAUACCGUCAUAUGUGUUUAGCUUUUACUGCGUUUACCGCAUCCUCGCGACAGGGUUGACAACUCUGCAGCGCUCAUUCUCUCCUUCCUCCAGCAGCUUCUCCAGCACCGACCCCAUCAACCGCUUUUUGGGUGUCCUGGCCAAACACUGGGAUCCUAAGCUGGACCAGAUUGCCUGGGCCCGCACCAUCAGCUUCCUCCUCAGUGGAGUCAUGCUUCUACUCAGUGCCAACAGUGUCGUUCAGACACUCCAUCUAUUCUCGCGCUGGACACCGCAGUUCCUGCACCGACACGCUCAGGCCAGCCUGGCCCUGGCAGCCGGCCAGGUCGCUGCUACCUACGUGAUUUCAUCAGCUCUGCUGCUCCGCAGCCAUCUUCCUGGCCAGGUCUCGAGCGUCGUCGGCGGUGCUCUUGCUCGUGGGGGUCCGCUCAUGUCCCCCUCGUUUGCUGAUAGCUGGUUCGAAGGGUGGUUCCUCGUCGGCGGCAUGGUGACCGCCACUGCCAUCUGGAUUGGCCGAAGUGUCAGCGGAGCCUCCGACAAUGAUUUGGGCGACGAUUACGGGAUGGACGAUAUGGGUGCUAAACGGGCGUAG